AAUCUUGCUGGGCUUAAUCUAUACUAUAUCGGGACGAACACUGUUCCAGUAUUUGUAUGUACUUUGCCUUGCAAGAUAAUGAAAAUCAAUCCAUAAAUGGCAGGAUAUAUUUGAUGGUAAGUUACUUUUCUACCAUAUAGCAAUUCAUACACUACAUAGUACAUUGUGAUAUUUUCAACAUUUUGGUUAUACAGCUUGCAGCAAAAUGGCAGUUCGGGAGUAUCGUGAGCGAAUUGACAUUGCACAGUUGACCAAUGAUGAUCUGUACAAGAGAUAUCGUGUGAACCAUGCCACAUUGGCAUAUAUAAUUGCCCAGCUGGAUGCUGCCUUAGCCCCCAAUACUGACAGGAGCCACAGCCUUUCUACUGGCUACAAGGUCUUGAUCACACUGAGGUACCUGGCUACCGGUGUGAUACAGCUCAACACCGGUGAUCUGCACUCUGUAGCUCAAUCAAGUGUUUCGAGAGCAGUAUCUCAAACACUUGAUGCACUGAGCUCCCAAAAUGUUGUGAGGAGACACAUUAGAUUCCCAACAACCAUUGAGUCAUUAAACAGGAAUAAACAAGGAUUUUUUCAUAUUGCUAGAUUCCCAAAUGUGAUCGGUGUCAUAGAUGUAACUCAUGUACAGAUCCAGGCACCAUCUAUUGAUGAACCCAUGUACGUGAACAGAAUGGGUUACCAUUCCAUCAACACACAGGCAGUGCCCCAGAUAAUUAUUUGA